CACCCUCUGUGUUGAUCUGUCCUGACAGUUUCUGUAGUCUCAUCAGUCAGCAUAGCUGGGACCCCUGGAAGGAGACAUCAUGAUCUCCACUUUGAUAGUGCUGUUUCAUCUUGGGCUGAGUCUGGAACCCAGGACCACAACGAUGGCAGGAAAAUUCCCCACACCCACCAUCUUGGCUGAGCCAGACUCCGUGGUCACCAAGGGACAGUCUGUUACUAUCUGGUGUCUUGGGACCGAGGAAGCCCAGGUGUACUAUCUAUAUAAAGAGGAAGGUUCAAAAUCCUUGAAGACACAGACUGCGUUUGAGCCUGGGAACAAGGCCAACUUCUCCAUUCCAUUCACGACAGAGUACCACGCAGGACUAUACCACUGCUACUAUUACAGCCCUGCCGGCUUAUCAGAACAGAGCAACGCCCUAGAGCUGGUGGUGACAGGAUUCUACAGCAAACCCAGUAUCUCAGCUCUGCCGAGCUCUCUGGUAACCUCAGGAAGGAAUGUCACCCUCCAGUGUAGCUCACAUCAGGGAUAUGGAAGGUAUAUCCUUACUAAGGAAGGAGAACAGAAUGUGUCCUGGACUCAGAACUCACAGAAACACCCCAAUGGACAGUUUCUGGCCCUGUUUCCUGUGGGACCAGUGACUUCCAAACACAGAUGGGCCUUCAGGUGCUACGGAUACUACAAGAGAACCUCCCAGAUGUGGUCAGUACCCAGUGAGACCCUGCAGCUCCUCGUUUCAGAUUCACACUCACAAGAUCACACAGUGGAGAAUCUCAUCAGGAUGGCUGUGGCUGGCUUGAUUCUGGUUGUUCUUGGGAUUCUACUGUUUGAAGCUCAAAAGAGCCAGAGAAGUCCUCAAGAUUCAGGGUGUAGGUGAAUAGUGCAUCUCUUAAUAUGGUAGAGACUUGGAGAUGAAUCCACCAAGUAGAGAAAAAUCAUGGAAGAAAAUUUGUGGCACAAGUGUGUGAAUAUUGUUGAGUGCUCCAAAGAGAACAUCAUAUUUGGGUGCAGGGGAAAUGUCAGAGAGAUCUGUGAAGAGAACUCUACACCCAUUCAAUUGGGACAGUGUGGUGGCUUGAAUGAGUUGGCCUCCAUAGUCUUAGGCAUUUGAAUGUUUGGUCCUCAUUUGGUGAUGCUGUUUGGAGAGACUUAGGAGGUGUGGUCUUGUCGGAGGAAUUGUGUAACUGAAAGUUUAAAGACUCUCAUCAUUUCUAGCUCACUCUUGUGUAUCCAUUUCCUCCAUUAUCCAUCCUGCAGGAAAUCUUAAGUCAGAAGGCAAGCAAGUCAAAAUAGCCCCAGGAAGGCCCUGAAAGUGACCAGAUUCACUAGGCCCCUUCUUCCUAAGAGUUAACAAGAAGAGCUGGUGAGAGUCAGUUAGACAAGGUAAACUGCAAAGAAGAAUCUGAGAACAGAGCAGCUACCAGGAAGAAUAAACAAAACAAAUCAAAAACACAACUGAGCUGCCUGGCAGAGGUUUAGAUCAGAAUCACUUGGAAAGGAUACUCUCCAACCUGUUUAGCUUGCCUGAAGGCUGUGAAAUAUGCCCUUUGUGAAUUAUUACCCAUGAUGGGGCAAAAUUUGGUGAUGCAGAUGACUUGGAGUCAUUUCUGCUCCUGUAAGUAAUCUUAACAAAACUCAUUGGUUCACCAAAUUGGACUUUAGUGGUAGCCAUACUUCGGUCUGUCAUGUCCUCCCUUUCUAGAGCGAAUAGUGUCUACUGUGUAUGCUGUGUCUCCCAGGAAAAGUCUUGCCACAGAACAACUCUUUCCUUCUUGUGCUUGUGAUUUAAGAUGUGAGCUGUCAGCUUUCUUUUGCGGCCACCAUGCCUUCACUCUGUCAUCAUGGACUCAUCCUUUGGAACUUUAAAUGCAAAUAAACUACUUCUUCUAUAA